AUGAACGAUAAGAAAAAUAACAGCACAUCAGACACCACCAAGUCGAAAGUGUUGGCUUCGAAACACGUUUUUGAGGGAGACUGCCCGGCAAAAAUCGUUUUGCACCUGGAAUACGGCAUGGACACGGAGGAGCACGCGUAUAUGAACUGUAAAAAUGUCUGGGUCUGGAAGAAUCCAACUUGUCAUGCUGAUUUUGGAUUCUAAAAAAAUCUGCAUUGCAUGAGCAGCAAAGGGAACGCAAUUUUUGCUACGCGGAAAGGGCAUUUGUAAUGCGGAAUAGGCAUCGCGAAACCCUCAAAAGAUCUGUGAUGCUAGGGCAUGCAUCACAGACAUCAUGGCCAAUGCAAAACAUGCAUGACAAGUCUCAGAAUCUUCCAGACCCAGACGUUUUUACAUUUGAUAGCGUACCACAAGGGUCUGUUUUGGCAAGACGUGGAAGAGAUGUACUUGGAGCAGCAGCAAGUUGCAGCACAAGAAGUUGUAGUGAAUGAACUCCCUGGUGCCGGGGCGGGACUGUACGGCAGCUGUACAUCAACCACUGCUGACUUUUCUGCUACUGGUGCAUUUUGCCCUUUGCGCUUAACCCACUCCGGCGACGCCUACAAACUGUUCAAGGAAUUGCGCGUAGUUGAAGAUGAACAAGACCACGGAACAGCUAGUUCUUCUUUGGGGGCAUCUGCCCACCAGCGGCUUUUGAAUUAUGCGGAUCGUGAACAUGUUGGAACUGGAACUGCUGAUGGUCAACAACUUGCUUGUCCCGCUUCAACACCCAAGAAUGAGCUUCUUUUUGUCAACGGC